CGAUCGGAUCGGGAUAGCGAGCGUCCACACUGCACUUUAGACGAUGUCCCCGCCUCUCUUCAGUAUCAUGUGACUGACCUAUUCUAAGAUGGCGAAAGUGUACGUGAGUAUUUGUAUUCUGUGGAAAGCACUGAUACAGCGACGGAGAGCACUUCAAGUUGAGCGAGAAAGAAGAAGACUGAAGAGGGCCACAGCAUACAAACGAAGAAGAAGAGAAUUUGAGCGACAACUACGGACAAGGAGAAGAAUGUUGAUUGCGACUUUGAUGAUUACAUGUACAACUGUCCAUCCCCGGGCGCAGUGGUGCAAGCCACGAAGUAGACAUUGGUGGCAAACAGUCAGAAACGGAAGCCUUGGAGAAGAAUGGUGGAGGCAGAACUUUCGAAUGAAGCAAGAAACAUUUGGUUUCCUGUGUGAACAGUUGCGCCCAUACGUACAGAAGCAAAGAACUCGAUUGAGGGAGCCUAUAAGCGUCGAAGAGAGAGUGGCUGUAACAAUAUGGAAGCUGGCGACUUGUGUGGAGUAUCGAACAUUAUCUGCUUUAUUUGGCUUGGGACGAUCAACAGUGGGUUCCAUUGUGUUGGAAACCUGCUAUGCUAUAGCAAAGUAUCUUUUGCCUCAGUAUGUGUCAAUUCCUCAAGAAGAGAAGUUGAAAGAAACAGUAAACGGUUUUGAGGGAUGUUGGGGCUUUCCACAGGCAGCAGGAGCAAUUGAUGGUACCCACAUACCCAUCAUACGUCCUGAUAACAGUGCAUCAGACUACUAUAAUAGAAAGGGAUACUAUUCUAUUAUUAUGCAAGGUCUUGUGGACUUCCGUGGUCACUUUCUUGAUGUCAACAUUGGAUGGCCCGGUAAGGUGCAUGAUGCACGGGUGUUUUUGAACUCCAACCUCUAUCAGAAGGCAACUGCAGGCACACUUUUUCCAGCCUGGACAAGAAACAUGUUUGGAGUCCAGGUGCCACUAGUGAUCUUAGGUGAUCCUGCCUAUCCGUCACUGCCAUGGCUAAUUAAGCCUUUUCGUGAAAACGAACACACAAGCAAGGAGCAAAAGCACUUCAAUUAUUGUCAGAGCAGAGCAAGGAUGGUUGUGGAAAACACGUUUGGGCGUCUCAAAGGUCGAUGGAGGUGCCUUCUUAAACGACUGGACUUGAAGCUGGAAAAUGUAGGAAAUGUCGUCGCAGCUUGUGUGGUGUUACACAACUUGUGUGAAAUGUUUGGUGACCACUGCUCAGAGGAAUGGACAAUUCAAGAAGAUGCCUCAGCAGCAUGUGGCCAAAGUGGUGUAUCUGCUGCCUCCAGAGACUCGGAUAGGAUUCGUUGUGCUAUCAUGAGCCACUUGACUCAAGAGUAGCAGUGUGUAUGAUGAACACUUAGUAGAAUAACAGUUGUGUGUUGUGUGUGUGUGUGUGUGUGUGUGUGUGUGUGUGUGUUUGUGUGUGUGUGUGUGUGUGUGUGUGUUUGUGUGUGUGUGUUUGUGUGUGUGUGUGUGUGUGUGUGUUUGUGUGUGUGUGUGUGUGUGUGUGGUGUCCAUAUUAAUUUAUGUGUGUGUUUCACGUGUGUGGUUGAUAUGGCAAAAUAAUUACAAUAUUGAUCAAACUUUUUUAUUCUGGGCAGUAUAA